AUGGGAGGACUGGAUCACCUUCGACCUGGACUUCUUCAACAGAAAAAGACUUUGAUGCAGUCCUCUCAACCAUCCAGUCAAAUACAAUUCCAGCAACAACUUAUGCUUCACAUACAGCAGAACUUGGCAUCCUCAUCUGCCAGUGAUGUGGAGUGCAGAAACCUUAGAACACUUCUUGAUAGUCAGAAUAUGGGCUAUGGUAAGGAUGACCAAUCAAAAUUUGUUAGUGAUAUAGUUCCUAAUGAUGGAUUGCAGGGGUCUGUUGGUCGCCUCAUUUUGCCGCGUGGAGAUACAGAUAUGCUAAUUAAGAACUGUAAUCAACAUCAGCUAAAAUAUACACAGCAUACACUUCUUAGCCAAAAGACACAAGAUUCAAAUGACCACUUCCAUCAGCAAGACAAAAUGGUUGACACUGGCACAAUCACAUUUGAUGCUAACUUGUUGAGCACCUCUCAAGGAAAUGAUCAGGCCUCAUGGAAUCAAACUAAGCGAAAGAGAAAGCAGACAAUGUCAUCUUCGGGUCCUGCAAAUAGCUCAGGAACAGCAAAGACCACUAGACCGUCACUCUGUUCAGCACCCUCAACAUCCUCGACGAACACAACAGGAGAUGUGAUUUCAAUGCCUAGUUUUCCACGUAAGGAUGGUUCUUCUAGGCCUUAUAUGUUUGCUGAUGAUGGUAUGGGUGUGGGCACACUCAGUUCAGCUCAAAAGAAAUUGGCUGAUAUGGAGGAUUUCGUGGACAAUGGAUCAUUGGUUGAUAAUGUUGAGUUUUUCUUAUCUCCUGAUGAUGCAAACCCUGAAAACACAAUAACUCAGAGACUGGAUGUGAGCAAAGAUGCUACAUUGUCGGAAAUCGGGAGUAUUGGUGCAAGUAAAAUUAGUUGUUGUGACUUCUCAUUGGAUGGAAAGCUGCUUGCAACUGGUGGACGUGAUAAAAAGGCUAUGUUAUGGUGCACAGAUUCCAGAGAGCAAAAGUCUAUAUUAAAAGAACAUUCUGAUGCCAUUACUGAUGUCCGUUUUUGUCCAAGAAUGCCACAGCUUGCUACAUCGUCGCAUGACAAAACCAUCAGAAUUUGGGAUGUUGAUAAACUCGACUAUUCCCUUCGAACAUUUACUGGGCAUGAUACCCCUGUUAUGUCACUGGACUUCCACCCAAACAAGGAGGACCUGAUCUGCUCUUGUGAUGAUGUUAGCACAAUUCGAUACUGGAGUAUAAAAAAUGGUAGUUGCGCUGGAGUGUUGAAGGGAGGUGCAACCCAGGUUAGGUUCCAACCUAGUCUUGGAAGGUACCUUGCAGCUGUUGUGGGGAAUGGUGUAUCCAUAAUGGAUGUAGAGACUACCCAAACUUACAGACAUCCAUUAAAGGGUCAUAGACUAAAUGUUAUUUCGGUGUGCUGGAGUUCUUCCGGUGAGCAUCUGGCAUCGGUGAGUGAAGAUUCGGUCAGAGUCUGGAAAAUUGGCUCUGGAGGAGGACGGGACUGCAUUGAUGAGUUGAGCAACAUUGGCAAAAAGUUCCAGUGCUGCACUUUUCAUCCCCGGUACCCUUCUGUGUUGGUCAUUGGCUGCUCUCAGUCUCUGGAGCUUUGGAACAUGGCUGAGAACAAGGUGAUGACUCUUCUCAGCGAACCAACCGAUGCCUUGGCGGUGUCACAAAGUUCUGGUUUGGUUGCUGCAGCUAGUCAUGACAGUUUUAUCAAGCUCUGGAAGUCGAUUUAAAUCUCCAUUUUUUUCCCUCAAAAAUACACCAAUGGGGUAUAGCUUCUUCAGCAGGUUUCUGAUAUAUACUUUUGAAUAUACUGGUUUAAAUUUGUAAAGCAGGAAAUAGAGGCUUUUAGAUCUUUCACUCUCUAGCAGUUCCAAUUUGUGCUUAGAAGUCAGUACUCACUCUGUUUUGUAGCCCUAAUAGUUAGUGAAAUGGGACUAAAGUUGGUUUCAUCUGUCAAGGUUGUUUUCAUACUGUUUACGAUGCACAUGUUUUUUUUUUAAUAGAAAGUAUCAAUUUUUGUGGAUUA